AAGAGUGAAAGUGAAAACUGAAAAUAAAAAGGGUGUGAAUACUCACACUGCUUCCAGUUUUUGCAGCAGACAGCGGACAGACAGGUUCAGAGAUCUUCACACCAACUAAAAGGGAACAUCAGAUAAAGAAACGGGAAAAUGAGUUAUGGAGACAUUAUGAGAGUUGAAACCACAGGAGCUUCAUCGCAAACAGCUCGACAGGAUGGACUGAGCUACGCAGGCGUGGCUGCAUCAGAAAAAAUGGCACAGAAAGAUGCUGACAGAAUGAUGAAAUACAACUCAAAAAUCAGCUCAGUGGGAAAGAGAAAUGGAAUUUCUCCUGCUCUUAUCGCUGGCAUCAUUUCUAGAGAAUCCAGGGCUGGAAGUGCUCUCCAGAACGGCUGGGGGGACCACGGAAACGCCUGGGGACUGAUGCAGGUUGAUGUCAAUCCACAUGGAGGUGGACACACUGCAGUGGGUGCGUGGGACAGUGAGGAACAUCUUAACCAAGGCACUGGAAUUCUUGUUGAUUCCAUUAAACAGAUCAAGAAUAAAUUCCCUAGCUGGACUGCAGAGCAGCAGCUGAAAGGAGGGAUAGCAGCCUACAACAUGGGGGUUGGCAAUGUCCGCACAAUCAAAAACAUGGACGUCGGCUCAACAGGUGGAGACUACUCCAGUGAUGUUGUUGCCAGAGCUCAGUGGUACGGACGUAACGGAUAUUAACUCCACUUGUUUCGUGCCGUUUUGUAUCCAGAUAAAUAAACAUAUUGACAA